GUCAGUAAUGUUUCCCACUGAGACUGUAGUGAGAUAAGCAUGUGUGUGUGUGUGUUGUGUGUGUGAGUGUGUGUGUUGACUGUAAGCAGGACGUAUAUAAACACGGUGUAUUGAAUAUCGAAUUCGAAUAGGGGAAAAAUGGUUGUAAUUAGAUCCGUAGCAGUUCUAAAUCAGGACAGCACAUCAACUUCUUAGCUGUGUAGUUGUUUCAAUAUGCACACGCCAUUUAUAUAUAUAGGCCUAUAUGUGUUUUGGAGUGUGUGUGUGUGUUUCUAUGGUGACUGUAAGAAAAUGUUGGCGAUUGGUUCUGAAUGAUGGAAGAUAGGUGACAUUGUCGUCAGCGGUCUUAGGACAGAAAACCCCAAAACGUGAGACUGAAAGGUUGUGUUAUUGUACACAUAGAGCUUGACUAUGACAACGUCUGUAUUCACCAUGACAACGUCUGCAUUCACCAUAAUCCUCCUAUGCAUAACGAGCUCCGUCGGUACAGCACAAAGUAAUCAAACACAGAUCACUCCAGGCAACAGAACAACCAGCAGUCCGACACAAGUCAACGGCAAGACAUUCCCAGCCAACAGUGCGACCAUUUCAGUCAACAGUACUGAGCUCUGUAAGGACACGUCCAGCUUCGUGGUGGACACCAGGACAGUACUGUACGUGCAGUCUCCCAACUUUGGCUCUUCCAAUCGCUACCCAAACAAUCUCCAGUGUUUCUUGGAACUGAAGACUCAAACCCACGCCGUCGUCAUAGAGUUCAAGUUCAUCGCCUUUGACGUGCAAUUAAGCGAGAACUGCCAAGCAGACAGCCUGUGUAUGUACGGAGUGAAGUUUUGCGGGGACUGGCUGGUGGACAGGUACUACCGUUACAUCAUCCCCGAGAAUAGCUCUUUCACUCUUGUCUUCAUCUCUGACGGAGACAUCCCAGCACCCGGAUUUAAGGCUAUGAUACAGGCUAGUCCAGCUACCGCAGAGAAAGUCUUCUUUCCAGUUGGUGGGUUUGGCUCACACCCCACCCAACCAUAUUUUACUACUAAAGUUUACAACGAGGCUUAUGUGACUAGCUACAAGGACAGAUGUGUUGCUGCUAAACCAGAAACUACUUAAGAAAACAAAACAAGGAGAACAGAUCUGGAAGAAACAUUUUAAAACAAAGUUUUCAUCAGUGACUUCCAAUCAGUACAUCUGAUAUUAUUUCUUUUGUUAUAUGACUUCACUUGGUAGCUACUUAGAGAAACUGAAGAGAUGUAUAUACCAAAGGAACACAAUAAUUCCUAUGUCUGUUUUUGUGAUCAGCGGGACUUGCAUAUUCUCUGUCAAUCUCCGUGCUGCUAAAUUCGUUAUCCAAUGGUCUUUUAUGCUGAAAAUAUUUUAAAAGAAUGUUUAGAGAAGGGACUUUUGUUGUAUGUAUUUAAACUAUAUGAAAAUUGGACUAAUAUGUGUUAUGGCACGAUUAGGGAUUAGUUAUUUGUUUCGUGAAUAGGGAAAGUUUUGACUUGGAGACAAUGACGCGACUAGUAAAAACAAAACUAGGUUUUGGGGAAGAAUAGCGAAAUAUAAACACAGACUACUUUUGACGGCUGUAGAGAGAGGCAGUUUUCUAUGAACGUAAAGAUUGAGUUUGACGACAUUCGAUGGUUCCCUUCGUAAAUAUUAAAAUUCUUGUUCGACCUUCACUAUCAGCGUCGACUAGCUUAUAGAGUUGGCCUUUCACCUUUCGUUUGAUUUAUCUGCAUAAGACACAGCGCUGAAGCGCCUAACAAAAGUCCAGUAUUUUGUAAUAUUUUGUAAUAUAUAUGGAAUGCAUGUUUUACUAAUAAGACGCUAUGGAAAAGUCUUCUUCUUCUUCGUUCUCAUUUUACAUGUCUGGGGGGGGAGGGGGGUGUCAGAUCAGUAAUCUAUAUCUGAGAUGAACCGCGCAGUGGUUUCCAGAUCAGGCAGUUCUCUGUUUAAUUUUUUUUUUCUACAGGAGGGUUUUUGGGCCAUAGUCUUGUUCGGGGCUCUUGAUAUAGUAUGCAGCUUUAUGGAAGAGUCAAUGAAGUAGAUUUUGAUCCAGUCCUGUGAUUCCAUGACUAAUGUCAGUUUUUUAUCCCCCUGAUCUUGGUUAUGCUUUCGCUGUAUGUAUCAAAGUAUGACACAAGGAACUCGUAGGCAGGCUAAAUAGGCAGUAAUGGUGAGACACAGUAUUGAUCAGAUAUCACACAGGAAUCACAAGCAACAAUCUCUAGCGUCCUUGAUUAUAAUGACAUGUGGAAUAUAACAAUUAUGCCCUCGCUAGUAGUUAUGGUUUUCAUUAAUUGAAGAUAUCUGCAUGAACUCGGCUUCAACUUAUAUUCAUUUUUUACCAUUAUAUGUAAAUAGCUCCAUGAAUGAUGCAACAUACUGUUAUUGAAAUACAAUCUUUUAAAAC